AGUCAGAAUAAUCACAGAGAGGUAGAGAACAAGUCUGUGAAAGAUCCUGGGAGAGAGAGAGAGAGAGAGAGAGGGAGAGAGAGAGAGAGAGAGAGAGACAGACUGGGUGUGCAUGUGUGCUUGUGGGCAGAUGCUAUAGACCUUCCUGCUUUCGCUAACCCCCUGUACAUGUGUGUGACGGUGUGUGCAUGAGAGAGCGAGAGGGAGAGAGGACAGAAAGACGAAGAGAGGGGGGAAACACAGAGAGUGAGAGAAGGAAGAAAAGAAGGAGAAAAAAGGAGGAGAGAGAAAAGACAAAACCCAACCAUGCUGUGCUGUAUGAGAAGAACUAAGCAGGUGGAGCAAAAUGAGGAUGGCGAUCAAAAAAUUGAACAAGAUGCAAACAAGCCAGAGGAUAAAGCCCACAAGGCAGCCACUAAAAUCCAGGCUAGCUUCCGUGGACAUAUAAUCAGGAAAAAACUGAAGGGAGACAAGAAGGGAGAUGAGAACCCCGGAGAGGCUGUAGAGAACCAUAAAGAAGAUGCCAAGAAAGAUGUGGGCAAAACAGAGAAUGAAGCUCCUAAAAUAGAGGAACCGUCCAGUGAUGGGCCUUUGUCUGAAGACAAUAAGAAAAAAGUUGAAAGUUCUGAAGAUAAAAAGGAGGCUGCCACAGAGGAGGCUGCCAAAAACACAGAUACGUCCCAGAAAACCCCUUCGGAAGAGAAAAAUGCCUCAGUGGAGACAGAGAGUACAACAAAAGAUAACACAGAGAAUUCCUCGGGCAACGAUGCAAACAAAGCAAAGGAUGAAUCCAAACAAGCUGAUGUGCCUGCUAGUACCCAGGAAGCUGCCCCGUCAAAAGACCAACCCAAGCAGGAGACAGCAGAUAGUAGUCAAGUGGAAGAAAAGAAAGGAGGUCCUGCUGCAUCCACGUAAAGAAUGCUGCCCGAAUACGUCUGCCUCAUCUUCCUCCAUUAUUCAUCAAAUCUCCACCGGCUGCUCACUCCAUCAAGAUACAAAAUGAAAAAUGUUGACUCAGGCACGCAGCGCCUGCCAUGAUUCUUCUUUUACCCAUAUGUCUGCCUUCUGUGCCUCCAUUAUAUCUCCUACAUGAGUCCUCCUCUCUUUCUGUGACCUGCCCCCAUCUACUUUCCUUAUUAUCUGAUACCUUUUUAUCUCUGUCUACGUAUUCCAUGCCUUAUGUCAUCUAUGCGAUAUCUACCAGUGGUUGACAAGACAGUCCUAAUGGCCCACCAACAAUCCAGGAUUUAUGUAUUUCCCGUUUUUAUUCCAAUGGCAAUACUCACAAAACCUGUACUGGGUCAGGAGGACUAUUUUGGGAACCACUGCUAUGGACUAUUCCCUGGAUCUCACUGCCAUAUAUAGACUCUUGCCUUCCUCCUCAUUCCAUUUUAGCUACAAGCUCAAUUAUGUAACCAAUCUUUCAAAUUCAUAAACCUUGCCCUUGAGCUAAACUUUAAUAGACUGUUUGACUAUCUCAGCAUUUUAAUCUCCAAUUCUAGGACUCGAUCUUUGACUGGCUCCUUACGCCUUUGUGUUUAAAAUGCCCCCAUGUUCUUUUGACGGUUAGCUAGUGGGAGGGUCAUUGCGACUUUUUCUUGACUUGUCUCUGUCGUUAAAUGAAGUUCUGUAUUGUGCUGCCAAAUUUUUUGGUGCUAUGAAAACACAUGGUAAUAAAAACAACUUUGAAUUA